CAGGGGGCGGCCCGCAUGGGAACAGUUUGCUGGACAGGUGGCUCAGUUCGUCUGGCAGCCAUGCGGAUCCUUCCAAUCCUGAUACUGGCCCUAAUGGCGAUCCACUCGGGCAGCGCACGCCGCCAGUCCAAGAGGACCAAGGACAAGGGUCCUUGCGGCAAGCCCUUCCUGAAGGAGAUCAACGGAAAGUGCUACUACGUGGCCGUCAAAAAGAUCAACUGGUUCGGCGCCCAGAACAACUGCCUGCGCAAGGGCCUCAACCUGGCGGACGUGUCCACGCCGGAGGACUUCCACGCGCUGGUGCGCCACAUGGAGGCCCAGGUGGGCAUGGACGACUUCUGGUUCGGCGGCAACGACCUGCAGACGGAGGGCCGCUUCACCUACAUCAGCAGCGGGCGGCUGGUGCGCUACAUGGGCGACGACGGCAUGGUGGAGCCGACGCACCGCUCCAACAUGGACGACUGCCUGGAGAUCCGCAUCCGGCCCAACCGCACCGUCGUGCUGGACGUGAACUGCCAGGAGAAGAAGUACUUCGUCUGCGAGCGCAGCCAGGAGAAGUGCGCCGUGCCCGCAGAGGAAACCUCUGGCGACGGGCAGCACCACAGCCACGAGCAUCUGCACCACUUCCACCACGACGCCGCCAAGAAGGAGAAGCAGGAGGCGGGGACCGAGCGGCCGAGUGUGGAGAGCGAUUCGCGGCCAGCUGACAAUUCGAAUUCAACGGAGGUCGGUUCCUCGGAGGAGGCGGAGGGGGGAGAGGUGGGGGCGGGCACGGAUGCGGAAGCUGGAGCGGAAGGCGCGGCGCCUGCUGGUGAGGGUGGUGCGCCAGCGGAGGGCGGGGCGGCAGAGGGAGCAGAGGGAGCUGGGACGGAGCCGGCGGAGGGAGCGGCGACCACAGCCCCUCCGGCGGAAGGCGCCGCUGCAGGGACAGCUGCUCCGGCGGAGGGAGCGGCAACCCCGGCCGGCGAGGCCACCACUCCGGCAGCAGCUGCUGUGGCGCCGCCGGCAGAGGGAGGAGCCACCACAGCAGCUCCGGCCUGAGCACCUCGACCCACCCACCCGGCUGACCCACAGCAACACACACCUCGGCGAUCGAAGAAUGUUUGAGCUUUCACAAAAUAAAAUCGAAUUCUAAUCAAUGGAUUAUUGAUUG